GGGGCGCUGUGCAGCGCGGGCGCCUCUCUGGCUCGGGAAUCUUCGCUCGUUGGCGCGUCCUUUCCCGGCAUCCCCCGCGGCGGUAGCGGAGGCUGUCCCGGCUCUGUGACCUUCGCUGGCAGACGCGCUCUCCCGGGAUAAUGAUGGUGCAAAAUAUGAUUCCAAAGUCAUGGAGAGCCAUGAAAUUCUACUUCACGACUGUUUACCAAGAAAUAUGGGUUGGUCUAGCAUUAACAGCUUAUGCCUAUUACAGGAUUUCAUACGGUGGCAAAAAAGCAGUGGCAGACAAGUCUUCUGGCCAUCAUUAAAGAUCUCUUCUCUUGGAGAAUGAA